AGAGGCACGAGUCCAAGUCCCAGCGACACUCAGCACGAACGUCUGCCUUCCACGACAGCCCUCAGUCAAACUGCACUGCAGUUGGCAGAUCCGAUUCACUGGUUCGAAUCUGCUCAGACGCUCACAUUCAUGAUGAAGAAAUAUAGAAAUUGAGGCAAAUACUGAAAAGAAAAAUAAACCCACGUCCAUUUAGACUCGCGGCUAACCCACUGUCAUGGCGGUGACGUGGCGAGGUCCAGUGCAGCUGUACGGACCUGACCGCACCCAGCGACGACAGGCCCUGGAGCUGCAGGCCAGACUACAGCAGAGCCACGUGCUGCGGGACGACGACUACAACUUGACGCAUCACCAUCUUCGGGAUGCCGCCUGGCACAUUGCCUUCCCUGGCCAGAAGCUGGACAGGAGUGUCCCCACCUUCAGCAUGAGGCAGCACGAUCAUCACUUCAAGCUGGGCAAUGACAGCGGCGACUUUGUUCCACCCAGCGCCUACAGAGAGAGCGUCACUAGAGGCGACUUCGACAUGAAGCCGACCACAAAGACGAAAGUAAUAAAUGCAGACACCACCAUCCACUGGCCAGUCAUUGCACCAAGGGAUAACCCAGCAAGACAGUCUGGAAGUUCGGAGUACACCAGCACCUUCUCUGUCUUACAGAACCGUGAACGCAGUGCACCCACCUUUCCGAAGGUCAACACUUUCAAGAUGGCGCUGCCUCUUGACCCCACCCGCUUUCACGUUCAGCGGGGCUCCCAGCUUCAACUCGGGUGCGAGCAGCAAAGCAACAGCAGUGACGUGAGCGAAAUCAAGAGGGCGUAUGGGAAAGUGACGUCAGCAGAGUAUACAACACACACCUUGGCAGAUGGUGACGCGAGGCGUAAGUUCAAAGAGCAGGAACUGGCCUCCUCGAUCUUCCGGCCUGGAGACUUCAACGACACGGCGGGUGGCAUGCAUACGACAUCCAUGAUCGACUACGCGCCUCGGACCACACCACAAGGUGAAAUUCUGGGCUCGCAGCGUGGACAGGUGCAAACACGUGCGCACUUUCAGUUGGGAUUUGACUCAGAGCAAAAUGGUUCCAUGUACGACAAAGACUACGAGUUGUCAGCCAUGGCGACACGUUCUGUGCCGAAGUUACAUCCACCACCAGACGCUGGGCACGUUUUGCAGAAGGACGACGAAUACCGAAACUUACCGAAGACGUCACAUAGACAUCACUUUAUGAAGCCCACGCCUCUUGAACAGUCUGGUAUCUCGAAAAACAGACUUCGCAACUCCAACGACAGCAUCGUCUUGUCAUGUGACACGUCCAGGCAUGCGCAAGACAGGCAGUUGUCACUGUCUCAUUCUGAUUACCAAAGGCCACCAACCAGCUACCAGCCGUCACUACGAAGCAAUCAUUUGAAGCUUCUGUUCCUUUCCUGCAUACCAAAGUACCACUGCCAUACUCCCAGACUGCUAGAGAAAGCGAAACAGCAAACAACUACUCGGGUGUCUUUGCUGGAGGAGUUCACGCCCUGGACCGUCGCCGCAGUCGCAAUGACUUGUGUCGCGAGCGCACCCUGGACACCAAGGCAACUCACUAUGUAGCGGGCUACAAUCCACCCGACUACAACUCUUACAACUCAGUUACAUUCCAAGGAGGGGAGAAAUCUGACGAUUAUGUAAGACCUGCAGGCAAAGUUGAAAUCCAACCAGAAGCGGACUUCGUUCAUUUGAAGCACAGCGCAAACAUCCAAGACGAUCAUGUGGCGGGCAGUCGGGACACCAACACCUCGGAAGACAAGAACGAAGGCUUUUACACCUCCAUUAUGAAGAGCGACUACUCCACUGGAAAUAAGCUUACUGCCCAUCAGCUGCGAUCGGUGGAGAAAUAUGAGAAGCUGUUGGCAAAACCUUUCGCUGAGUCCCAUUUCUUCCACACAGACAACUCUCGAGGAAAUAACUACGUUACCACAUCAAUGGAUGAUUUCAUCAAGCCGGAAGCGAUGAUAGGAGGCCACAAGCGAUUGGCUGUGAAAUAAACAGAGAUCCAGAUGGAACAGCAGGUGGGAAUGUAAACAGUGAGGUCGGAGAAGACAUUCAGCCAUCUCGACAAGACCUGCUCUGAGAAACAGACCAGUUCGUCAGCAUCAGUUUCGCUGGUUCACACGGAACUCACCGCGGGUGAGCAAAGAGAAACAUUGUUGUUAGGACAAGAAAUAACUGACAAGUGAUCCAGGUAACAGCGACACAUCUCCGAGAUGGAAUCCGACUCCAAACCUAAACUAAACCAAGCCAACUCAAUGUAAUCUUAUUUUUAAAAUAAAUAAACCUUUUUUUUAGUGUGGUGCCUCCUUGAAUACAACGCAACAGGCAUCAAGCUGAAGGCCCGGUGUUCAGUGCCAGCUUAAAUUAAAUAAAAAUUUUCCGCGUGAGUGAGAAAGAGAACAUUCUGAUUCGUUUUAUGUUCCCGAGUUUCCGAAACAUGUGUUCGACGUUUUUGAAUGUUUUACAUACGAAUUCCUUGCACUAUAACGAGGCUGACGGUUAACUGAGGGAAAAAAAGCGGCCUUCAACAAGUAGGACAACUUCGCCUUCAAGCGCCAUCUUGGACAGUUCCUCUUGUGUGCACCUAUCAAAAUAUUCCUUGCUUUCAACCACAGUAGUCGAAAGAAAGUCUAAAAGAGAAUAAAUAAAUAAAGCACCCGCGAAACAUAUGAGAGGCCAGUCACCUGCCUUAAAGGACAAAAAAAAAAAAAAAAAAAAAAA